AUGGCUAAAUUGAUUGGCUCAGAAGUGGAAAAACUUAUUGACAGCUACGGUAAAGAGAGCGCCACAGUACUGCUGCCUAAAAUAGUCAAAGUUCUAGAGCUUUUGGAGAGCUUCGCCUCGCGGAACAAUGCACACAAGUCAAAAGAAGAAGAAUUACUCAAAGCAUUUGAAACGCUACAUGUACAGAAACAGAAGAAGACGAGAUCUGUGAAAGAAUACGACGAAAGCAGAAAGAUUGAAAUACAGCGGGAGGUGCAGCAGCAGGAGGAGGCAGAGAAGCAGAGGAGCAGGUGCGAGGAGCUGCAGGCCCAAGUGUUACAUCUACAGACUGAGAUUCAGGAGUUACAGAGCUGCCUGAGGGGCAACCAUGCCCAGGAAGGGGCAACCAUGCCCAGGAAGGUUGGUUUAAAACACAUGAACACACGUGCACACAUUAUUGGUUUAAACAUCUGCCUGAGGGGCAACCAUGCCCAGGAAGACCGUGUACAACGGCAGGAGCGGGAGGUGAUGCUUAAACUGAAGGAAGUGGUUGACAAGCAGAGAGAUGAGCUGAGGGCCAAAGUACAGCAGAUAGCCAGCAUGUCUAAAGAGGUGGAGGCGCUGCAGGAGCAGUUGGAGCGCUUCAUGAAGAUGAAUGGGGAGCUGAGACACAAGCAGAGCAUCGUCAUGGCCCAGGUGAAGAAUGCUGUGGAGAGGAAGGCUGAUAUGGAGGCAGACCUCAGAGAGAAACAGAAAGAGAUAGAAUGCCUCACCACCCAGCUGGAAAAGGCCAACGCUGCAGUGGGCACGGCCAGUCCAUGUAGGACAGAGUGGGACCUGACAGGCAAGCUGGUGAUAGACCUUAAGGACCCCAACAGACCCUGUUUCACCAAGCAGGAGGUCAGAGAGAUGCUGACAGAGAGGAACGAGCUCAAAGCCAACCUGUUCCUGGUGCAGGAGGAACUCUCCUACUACCAGAGGGAGAUCCUGAAUGAUGAGCGGUGUCCAGGAUUCUUGCUGGAGGCAGUACGUUCUGCCAUAAAGAAACAGAAAACUGUCAUCAAGGCCAAGAUGCUGGGCAUGCCAGAAGACGAAUGCAGCAGUGAUGAGGAGAAAGGCCCCCUGUUUAAGAGGAGAGCAGAGACAGAAACCGAGACAGACAGCACACACAGCAAACCACAUGAGUCUCGCAUCAGGAACCUCUUUGGCUUCCUGACUCGCUCCGGCAGCAACCACAGCAGCCGUAGUCCCAGUGAAAACAAGGCUGCUUCUUCCUGGGAAAUCAUCGACGACACCAAGACCACCACGGAGACAGAAACCAGACGAUCACCAUGACAACCCUCAACACCUGUCCAACUACACUUGUCCUCCAUUCUGUUCAGUUUUCACUGAAUGUUUUAUACUGGUUAGGUCUCCAUAGCAGCCCUAAGAAAGGAAGAGCAUUCUCUCAUGCCUUCCCUCUUUCUUUUUUUACUACCUCCUCGUCCUUGCUCUAUAUACCUUUCUCUUUCUCUCCCACUGUUUCUCCCUCUGUUUCUCUCAGGAAGAGGUUCAGAAUGGUGACAUGGCCAACUGUACACUUUGCAUUGACAAUGACCAUGCAGGACAUUAUUAACAGGAAAAUCUCUGAAGCAAAUUUGUAUUGCAAUAUUUUAAUAAAGAUUUUAAGAUGUAUUUUGACCACAGAAAUCAUUAGUAAUCGCAGGAACAUAUUUGUGCCAGAAGAGGGCAUCCUAACUAUUAACAACCAUGGUGGACUUCCAUGUGUUUAACAUUUUACCUAGUGUGUUUUUUUGUUGCCAUGCCUUGUGGUUGCUGUAAUUCUAAUUCUCUGUCAUGGACAUGGUGUGAGUUAUAGGGAACGUUUGGCAGUAAAGUACACUGUGUGUCGAUUCUGACCCUGAAUGUAUUGCCUCAGUAACAGUCAUUUAUUGAUUAGACUUUAUAUUCUUAACCAUCAGCUCAUCUCACAUAUUUGAUAGAGUCUUAUUAUGAGUUCAAUCAUGUCUUCCCAGGACCAUGAAUUGGGUAUUGGGGUUGAUUGUUAUGUAUGUCUGCCAAGUGUGGUGUGUGUGUGUGCCUGUCUGUCCUGUGCGUGUGCCUGCAUGUCUGUCUGUGUGUGUUCACUGGGGCACCAGCACCUGUACGUUGGUUACUGUACAUACAGAGGAAGUGUGUGUUUCCUUGAAAGGAAAUGGUGUCUGUGCUCUCACGCUCCUUCUAUCUCACCAUGUCGUUAAACACACACACACACACACACACACAACAAUGGCUGCCGCUGCCCCCUGCCAUAUCUUAUCGGUACUGAUAGUUUUCUGACAUUCUAAAUUAAUGCUGCUGGUGAUUUCAUUUUUGUAAGCCUGACUGUUUUUAAAUGGAGAAGCUUUUGUGCUACUAAAAUUAAAUAAAUAUCUGACAUUCAA